AAUUCACAAGGUUGAUGCUACAUGGAACAAAACUGACUGAAUCUAGAUGUUCUGCUUCAGAAACCACGAAGCCUCCUCCCAAAGCCUUCAACCUGACCAGGCACAGAGGAGCCCCAACCUCAUCUAGACAUGGGCAAUCUUGCAGGCAACUCCUGGAGCCAGAGUUGAGGUGAAACCUUGGGGGAGAAAAGUUACUGGAUUUCUUGCUCCUUAAUAAUUCACUGCUGCAUCCCAGGAACUCAGGCACUUUGGCUGCCUCAUCAGUAGAAAGCCCCAUUUCCACAUCCUGGGUACAAACAGCCUAUUUCCUCCUGCACCCCACUGCACUGAUUCACUUGUGCUUAUAUUCUGCAGAGAUCAGAGUGAUUCUCUGUGGGAUCUCAGCUCCAUAGGAAAGAUCACACUGGCUGAAAGAGGUUUUGGAAUGGCCAUUUCCAGAAAGCAUGGGGCUGGUGUGCACUUAACCAAUGCUCACUCUAAGGAUGGGCCGGGGGCAUGUGAGGGGAACCCAGCCCAUCUCGUUAAUUUAGGUCCAUGAUCAGCAUAUGUUCAGAAAGCGUGUGCAUUUAGGGACCACGCUGAACUGCUCUGCAAGGCCGUUGGGGUCUGCUGUGGCCAUUAGUGAGAUGCAGCAGCCUGGAAGCCUUGGGGGCCACUUGCUGCAGCAGCCUGCUGACCCCAUUCAUCACGCUUCACCAUCUGAAUGCUUCUAAGAGCCCCUUUGUAUGGCAGCAACAACAGGCCCUGCCCUGCCAAGUAGCUGUUUGCUUUCCAGGUGUGUGCUUCAGUUAACAAAAAUGUGCGCCUGAUCUUUGCUCCCCAGUGGAAGGUCAGGAGUGGGAGGCCGCUCCUUGCACACAGAACAGAUCCGACAGGUCCGGGCUAGCUCGACAAGCGGGAGACGUCGCCUGCCUUUUUCUGCGCAGCCAGCCAAAGGCGAUGGCCCCAGAGCAGAGCCAACCCCGCCUCUUCCCCCUCGAAGAUCGACUGGUAGGGAAUUACCCGGCAGCCCCAGGCUUUGCUGUGUGCUCCGAAUCGCAAUUGUGAGAUGGGAGGCUAUAUACACCGCUUUCCUUAAUGCGCCGGGCCACUCACAGCCGCCGGCCUGAACCUUCUUCCUGCAGAGCUGAGCGCAGCUGGAAGCGGCGGGGCUGCGUUGGAAUAAAGGAGCCGCCCUCCGAAGCGCUGGGCCCGGCUCGGUGUUCGCGCAACACGUUGGUCCAGGCGGAGCCGAAGCAGCAACUUGCUUCCGUGAGCCUCGUUCUCUGUGGCCGAGUCCUGGCUCCGUGCCCCGCUCAAGACAGGCAACUGCCGCGCCCGGGACCUUGAAAGGAGGCGAUGGUUCCGCGCAGCCAGGCGGGCCCCUGCGGGACAGACAGAUUCAUGCCACGUGCUUCUUUCAUACUUGGUCUCGCCCCGCCCCUGCACUCUCCUCCCUGCACCCGCCCAUUCCGCCGGUCUGGCGGAGUGGUAGGUGGCCCUUCUGGAACUCCGCCAGAGGUUGCCGCUGCGGGUCGGAGCCGCCCGCUAGCAAUGCCGCCCACGUCCCUCCGCGCUGAGCGGCCGCCCUUCCUCUGGCGCGCGAUGCCGCCGUCGGCGCCAGAGGCUCGCAGUACCGGGCCUGGGGAGCCGCGUGCCGCCCGCGCAUGCGCACAGGAGAUGCCGGGCCCCUGAGGCUGCUGCGGAGUCGCGGGCUGGCUCGGCGGGCGGAAGAGACGGAGCGGCGGGCUCGAGCCCAGCCUGGCUGCGGGCUCCGGGACGAGCCAGAACCUCCUGGUGAGGAAGAGAUCGAGCGGGGCGGAGAAGCUUUCUUGCAGCUUUCCGCGGGCGGGUCAGGGUUGGUUGUCAGCCGCUGACGCCGGACAGAGAUGCCUGGGGUGGAGCGGAGGAUGCGGCGGCUGGGACUGGCCACCCCCCUCCCCUCCGGGCCCUCGGCCGCUGUGCAGACUCCCUCCUCCGGCUCCAGGCCCGAUGCGAGGCCCGGACACGCCCGCGCCAACAGCUUGGCAGAACCGAUGAGGGGCAUCGAGGCGGCUGGCGCCCCUCAGCAGGAUGUGCGAGCAAGACGGAGCAAGACGGAAAGGCCAGGGCGAAGCGGUUCUGGGGCGCGGGCUUCCCGGCUUGUAGCUGAUAUCGGUACGCAGGUUGCGGUGCGUCCGGCCGUUUGCGGGCGCCCGCCAGGUCCAGAGGGACUGUCCUCCCGAGCGUGGCUCUCCCUGCCUUCCAGAUCAAAUCCGAGGACCGGUGGAAGCCCUUCCUCAGCCAGCCGGGCCAAGGUGCUCAGAGCUACCAACCAGCCAGCCGCGCCUGGGAAGGCCUAACGCCAGCAGGGCUUUGGCUCCUGGGAGUUGGCCCUGGGGCCCCUGCCAGCCACGAGCGUCGCCUUCUCUUCUUCCAGCCCAGUUCCCAGGUAGGAAGUUCCCCAGAAAAGCUUGCUGCUGCCAGAACCACCAUGAGCGGGAAGUCUCUGCUGCUGAAAGUCCUCCUCCUAGGUGACGGGGGCGUUGGCAAGACCUCCCUCAUGAACCGCUAUGUCACUCACAAAUUUGACUCCCAGGCCUUCCACACCAUUGGGGUGGAGUUCCUCAACCAGGACCUGGAAGUGGAUGGACGCCUUGUGACUCUGCAGAUUUGGGACACGGCAGGGCAGGAGCGCUUCAAGAGCCUGCGGACGCCCUUCUACCGCGGUGCAGAUUGUUGCCUCUUGACCUUCAGCAUUGAUGACCGCCAGAGCUUCGAGAAUCUGGGCCAUUGGCAGAAAGAGUUUGCCUGCUACGCCAAUGUGAAAGAUCCAGAGCAUUUCCCCUUUGUGGUGCUGGGCAACAAGGUGGACAAGGCUGAGAGGCAGGUGACAGCAGAGGAGGCCCGGGCAUGGUGCCUGGCACAUGGCAACUACCCUUACCUGGAGACAAGUGCCAAGGUUGAUACAAAUGUGGCAGUGGCUUUUGAGGAAGCAGUGAGGCAGGUGUUGGCCUUGGAAGAGCAGCUGGAGCACUCUGUGUUGGGCCAGACGGUCAGUCUGCAUCCCAGUGCCAAGCCCGGCUCUUCGUGCUGCUGAGAGGUGCCAGACGAGAACUGGCUGCUGUUUACAGAGGGAGGAAGGGGAGUUCCUGAGCUAGACAGCAACCCAAUGGGGACCCAGGGUUCUUGGAUUUUCUGUUUAGUCCACUGAGCCCCUUACUGGUCAAACUGCCCUAGUGUAGCAGCUCAGCCUUCUGAUCAUGCAGCAUCAGGUUGGACCCUCGCAGAGGGCACUUCCUGUCCUCACCCUGCCCUGUGAGUUGUAGAGACACAGGGCCAGGAUCCUUUGUCCCAUAUCCCUCACCUCUGAGCAGAGCCAGGGAAAGCAAGAAUUGCUGGAGCUGUUACACAGUCACCUGGUGGCAAGCAGGCUGAGUCAUGUGGGGCUUUGUGGCCAAGGUGUAUUGUGCUAAUGGGGGCAGUGCAAAUGGGGGGGGGGCAGCUGAGCAGAAUCAGCCCAUCUCUAUGGCUACUGUUAGUGCCAAGCAACAGGAGACCACUUCCACCUCUUCUGCCUUUGCUCCUGUUGAGUCCCCUGGAGAUUGCUGCAAGUGCCUCACCCGGAAGCGGGGGAUAAACCUCACUUCGACGUUGGAAGCAGAUGGCUCUGAGCUGAAUCUGUGGCGACAGACUUAACUUGGCUAGCGUAUAUGUAGGUGUGUAUGCUUAAACUCAGUGAAUCCAAAGUGUGGCCCAUUUAUGUGGCCAUGUUGAAUUGCUGAGCAGAGCAAAGAUCAAUGCCAUUCCCUCCAUUCUGCUUUGGGGGGGGGGGGAACUGGCCAAAUUGUACAUCGCCACCAAUUGCACCAUUCUAAGGGGAGUUCUUAGCUCUCCGAGGUUCCAGAUGCCUGGCCUCUUUAGCAAAGGAGGCUGAGUUCCUUAGAAAUACGGAUUCUGUGCUAAACAAAUGCUGGAAGAGCUCUGUCCCCCUCAGGCUGUUCUGGAAAUGAGGACCUCCCACCGCCUAAAAAAAUGGUAUAGGAGAAAGGCGAGCUUCUCCGGGGGCCUUUUGGCCAAAGAACUGAGCCCAUGAAAGCACCUUGUGAUAGGCCCAUGGAGCUCAGCUUGUCAUUCAUGUUCACGAUUGUGGGCAAACCACCUUCCUCUACAAGCCACACUCUGGCCAUUCCCCCACUGUCUUUGGGGUCCAGCAGAGGUGGCUUCAGGAGUGGGGCAGUUAGGAUGUGGCAAAACCCUUGAACUAAUUUUGUACCCAGAGCCAUGAUAAGAGAAGCCCCAGCCCAGCUGCAUCUGUCGUGGUGUUCUAAGAGGAGACGUGACGUGACAGAGAUAGCUUUUCUGUUGACUAUGAAUGAAGAAGGGAAAACUGCCAAGCACGUGAACAGAGUUGUGUGUAAUCACGCCUCCCAUGUGUUCUGUGCAUCUUUUGUGACAAGAUUAAUACAUUUAAGGUGCAGUUCCAAAUGCAGUAAUUUUUCGUUCAUUUCAAAGGGAAAUUUACUCCUAGUGUUAGAAGUAUGUUUUUUUCAAAGCUGUCUUCAGAGAGCGUCAUGUCAAUCUGCUACAGCUAAACCAAACCAGUACACUAAUAAAGAUGGAUUUCAGAAACCAUCUUAAAAAUGGCAAGUUCUUUCACAUCCGAAAGGAGCCUGCUUUGCCUGAACUAUCUCACGCCUUGCCCUCCAGUGUAAUCCAUCCUGCCUGCUGAUGAAGACAAUUGAUCUGAAAAAGUGGGCUCUGAUUCCUAAAACUUACCAUGCUAGAUUAGCUGCCCGCAUGGCAUCACAAAGCACCCUGAUCAUCUAUCUCCUUACCAGGCACCCUUUUCGAAGGCCUGCAGGAAAGUUGCUAUUGUUCACAUUUUGUUCUUGCUGGCCCUACAGCUGCUCUUCCAGUUUUCCCCCUGAUCAUCUGGGGUUGCUACAAGUCUAAUAGUCAUGAGUUAGCAGUAAGAAGGCAACAGAUAAAUGUAUUUUGGGCAGCAAAAGGUGAUUAAAUCCAUAUGAUGCCA